AUGGAAAGAAAAACAGAUUUUGCGAGUUUAUUGAAGUCCACACAAAAUUUAAAACAUUCCAUUGACGAGUUGGUUUGUAAAAAUCACAAAGAUAUAGAUAUUCAAGACAUAGAAUGUAUGCGGAAAUUGAUCGAACACAUGAUUAAAGAAUAUUCAUCGAAUGCCAAAUGCAAUAACGACCAAAGAUUGAUAUCAAAUUGCAGUAACUUUUGUGAAAUAAACGAAAAAAUCCAAAGUAAAGUAAGACACAAACUUAAUUGA